CAUUGAAGACUGAUAGACACCAUUUCUUCUUCGAAAGAACCUGGUUUAAAGUAGAUGUACCAGAUCUUCUGGAUGAGCAUAAGGAUAAAAAGACUGAAGAAGUCCUGAAGAUUGAUGGAGGGCCAUGCUAUUCAAACAGCAGGCGUUGCUGAGACAGAAGCUCCUUGUGCUGGGCAGCCUUGCUAUUGGAAGUCUCCUAUAUCUAGUUGCCAGAGUUGGGAGCUUGGAUAGACUGCAGCCCAUUUGCCCUAUUGAUGGUCGGUUUGGACUCCAUGGCCAAGAUGAAAUUCCACUCCGAGCUCUACAGUUUAAACGUGGUUUGCUACAUGAGUUUCGGAAGGGCAAUGUCAGCAAGGAGCAAAUUCGACUUCACAGUUUGGUCCAACAGAUCCCAAAGGCUAUAAUAAUUGGGGUGAGGAAAGGAGGCACACGAGCUCUAUUGGAGAUGCUGAAUCUCCACCCAGCAGUGGUCAAAGCUUCUCAAGAAAUCCACUUCUUCGAUAAUGAUGAGAAUUAUGCCAAGGGCAUUGAAUGGUACAGGAAAAAAAUGCCAUUUUCUUACCCUCAUCAAAUAACAAUUGAGAAAAGUCCUGCAUACUUUAUCACAGAGGAGGUACCUGAAAGGAUAUAUAAAAUGAACUCAUCCAUCAAAUUACUGAUCAUUGUCAGGGAACCCACAACAAGAGCUAUUUCUGAUUACACUCAGGUGCUGGAAGGGAAGGAACGGAAGAAUAAAACCUACUACAAAUUUGAGAAACUGGCAAUUGAUUCGAAUACCUGUGAAGUCAACACUAAAUACAAGGCAGUAAGAACCAGCAUCUACACAAAACACCUGGAGAGGUGGUUAAAAUAUUUUCCCAUUGAGCAGUUUCAUAUUGUUGAUGGUGAUCGUCUCAUUACAGAACCACUGCCAGAACUCCAGCUGGUAGAGAAGUUCUUAAAUCUUCCUCCAAGGAUAAGUCAAUAUAAUUUAUAUUUCAAUGCCACCAGAGGGUUUUACUGCUUGCGAUUUAACAUUGUCUUUAACAAGUGCCUGGCGGGAAGCAAGGGACGCAUCCAUCCAGAGGUGGAUUCCUCUGUCAUUACCAAAUUGCGCAAGUUCUUUCACCCUUUUAAUCAGAAAUUUUACCAGAUCACAGGGAGGACCUUUAACUGGCCCUAAAGUAAAUUUCAUACAACACUGUGUGUUGCACCCAGAGAUAUGCAACCGUGUCUCUACUAGAGUAAAAAUAUGCACUUUUCAUAUACACAGCUAUCAAAGUAACCCCUUUUCAUGCAUUCUUGUACAUAUGCAGUGUGUGACCAAAUAUAUGAUGGGAUCAAUUUUUAUGCAGAGCAGUGAAUAAUAAUAAAAUUUACUCUGUGCAUAAUUGCAUCAUUUUAUGCUAUAAGA